GAGGAAGAAGCUGAGCUAUGGCGGUCGGAGUUGCAAUGACAGGUGAAGGUGGACAAUACAAUGGCAAGGUCACACCAUUUGUCAUCCUUUCUUGCAUGAUGGCCGCCACAGGAGGUGUUAUUUUCGGCUAUGAUAUUGGAAUUUCAGGUGGAGUGACAUCAAUGGAGCCAUUUCUCGAGAAGUUCUUCCCGGAAGUGUACACUCGGAUGAAAUCAGACGCCAAAAUCAGCAACUACUGUAAAUUUGACAGUGAGUUGUUGACAUCCUUCACAUCAUCACUGUAUAUAGCUGGCCUUGUAGCGUCUGUUUUUGCUAGUUCUGUCACAAGAGCUUAUGGCCGCAAGCCUUCAAUCCUUGCUGGCGGUGCUGCAUUCCUCGCUGGUGCAGCUCUAAACGGUGCGGCUGUGAACAUUUACAUGCUGAUCCUAGGACGCAUCUUGCUUGGAGUUGGUGUUGGUUUUGCAAAUCAGUCUGUUCCUUUAUAUCUAUCAGAGAUGGCACCAUCAAAAUAUAGAGGAGCAAUUAGCAAUGGCUUCCAAUUUAGUGUUGGCAUUGGUGCAUUAUCAGCUAACCUCAUCAACUAUGGCACUCAAAAGAUCGAAGGUGGUUGGGGGUGGAGAAUUUCCUUAGCCCUUGCUGCAGUGCCUGCCUCAGUCUUAACACUCGGUGCAUUUUUCCUUCCGGAAACACCCAACAGUCUAAUUCAGCGUAGUGUAGACCACCAAACAGCUAUGCUAAUGUUGCGGCGCAUCAGAGGAGUUGAAGAUGUUCAAUUAGAACUUGAAGAUCUCAUCAAGGCCAACAACAUUUCCAAAACCAUCCAACACCCUUUUAGGAAAAUCCUAGAGAGGAAGUAUAGGCCUCAACUUGUAAUGGCAAUAGCCAUCCCUUUUUUCCAGCAGGUGACAGGAAUCAAUGUCAUAGCCUUUUAUGCCCCAAUUCUCUUUCGAACAAUUGGCUUAGGUGAAAGUGCAUCACUUUUGUCUGCUGUCAUGACUGGUGUAGUUGGCACAAUAUCAACCUUCAUAUCCAUGCUUAUAGUGGACAAGUUUGGCAGAAGGGCCUUGUUCAUAGGUGGGGGACUUCAAAUGUUGGUGUCACAAAUGAUGGUAGGGGGAGUCAUGGCAACUCAACUAGGUGAUCAUGGUGGAGUGAGCACAGGGUAUGCAUAUUUAGUACUGGUUUUGAUUGGCAUAUACGUAGCCGGAUUCGGGUGGUCUUGGGGACCUCUAGGGUGGUUGGUUCCUAGUGAGAUUUUCCCUCUAGAGAUUAGGUCAGCUGGACAAAGUAUCAAUGUGGUAGUGAAUUUUUUGUUCACUUUUAUUGUUGCUCAAACUUUUCUAGCUAUGCUUUGCCACUUCAAGGCUGGGAUUUUCUUCUUUUUCGGAGGUUGGGUGAUGGUGAUGACACUAUUUGUGUACUUCUUUCUGCCGGAGACAAAGAAUGUGCCAAUGGAGACGAUGGAAUCAGUGUGGGUUGAGCACUGGUUUUGGAGGAGAAUUGUUGGGGAUGUUGGUAAGGAGUUGAAGAAUGAAGCUUGA